AUGGCGCAGCACGGGUGCCCCCUGCCAUGGGGGCUGCACUAUCCCAGGGAGGCGCCGCCGCGGCGCGCGCCGCCUCUGUACGCGCACGCGCACGCGCGCGACACGCAGACGCUCAUCGACGCACACGCGUGUAAAGGCGAGGCUGAGGAGCGGUUCGCGUACGGUCCGGGCGCGGGGGCCACAACAUUGGUGCCCACGCUGCUGCCCGACCACGAGCGACUCGAACCGUACAAAUGCGUGGACGGCGCGCGCGGCAGCGACGAGAACGCCGUCUCGUCGUCACAGUCGGCGCACUCGCACUGGGACAGGAUGGGCGUAGCGGGCGCGUCGUGCGCGCGCGCCGAGGCCGCGUCGCCGCAACAACUCGUCACCACCACGCAUGCGGGUACCGGCCGCCGCGGGGCGCUGCAGCUCUGGCAGUUCCUGGUGGCGCUGCUGGCGGAGGGGGCGCGCUGCGUGGCCUGGACCGGCAGGGGGCUGGAGUUCAAGCUGCACGAGCCGGAGGAGGUGGCGCGUCUCUGGGGCGCGCAGAAAAACCGUCCGGCCAUGAACUACGACAAACUGUCGCGUUCGCUGCGGUAUUACUAUGAGAAAGGCAUUAUGCAGAAGGUCGCAGGCGAGCGCUACGUGUACAAGUUCGUGUGCGACCCGGAGGCGCUAUUCAGCAUGGCGGCGCCGCGCGCGCGCAGCCCGCCGCCGCCCGCGCCGCCAGGCACAUACGACGUCCUAACGCAGCUAUACGGCGUGUACCCGCAGUGGGGUCCGCACGCGACGCACGCCCCGCACGCCACGCACGCGCCGCACGCGCCCGACUACAGGCUCUGUCCGCACGAGUGCUACGACCAGUGA